AUGCAGGCCCGUUCGUUAAUUCUAGCACUUUUGGUGCUCUGCAUCAACGGAUUUACUUGGGGAAAUGGGAGAAGUGGCCGGGCUGUACCAACCUUAGACAAGCCAGAUGAGCUGCCGUCGAGCUCUCGUCUACCUAAUAUUUAUGCCGUUGCGCUCACCGAGCUUCAGGAACUAGAGUUACAUCCUCUCUGCCACCGCGUGGCGGCGCGGCUCUUGGUGAACAACUGCGAAUUAGUGGACGGCAAGGACGAAGCGACAAUCCUCACUGACAGCGGACAAAAGGUGCGCGACUUUGUCGACUCGUACGCAGCUAGUCUGGCCAUUUGCGAUCUUGAGAGAGGAAACUUCGUGAUUCCGGCGGAGUGCGCAAAAUUCCGGGAGCCGUCGCUUAGUCAAAUCGCCAUCAGGAACGAACCCCAGCUGCAUGUGAGCUCGGGAGAGAUUGGGCUAUGUCUCGCAGCUCUGGCUGCAUCAGACGCGGCUUGGAAUACCUGGGUCAGCUAUCGCCACAAGGCGCUACGCUUUUGCGAGGCUGCGAGGGCGGACCAUGAGAAGGACCUGGACCUGGCACUAAGACAGUCCUCGAAGUCCAUCAAGGAUGGGCUCCAACACGCCGACAACCUGCAGCAGCUGUUGAGAAUGUUGCUGGCUAAUGUUGUGGAGAGCAAUUCUCAACUAGCCUUGGCGUAUGAGCAAUCUCUACAGCGCGCAUCUCAAAGAGUUAACGACGACAUGGGGGCUCUGGUAGCUGUGUUGUCUAUAGCCAUGACGUCCUCCAAUUCUCUACAGAAGCAGAUAGCAUCCAUGCUCGCCCAACGACAGGAAACCCUCCACCACGGCAUGGACCGGUUGGCUAUAGCAACUGAGACGCUGUCCGAAAAGUUUGAAGAUCACUCAGGCUCAUAUGGGCUUCCACCAUCGAUCCUUCGAAAUCUCGCCCUGCUGGCGCUAGGCGGGCUGGUCGGCUUCAUGGUCUCGUCUUACGAUCAACUCACGACCCAAUUAUUUGGUGCUUUGCAAGCUACGGCAAACAUCACAGCAUCUUCGCUCUGA